UGACAGCGUCUCCUUGCUCCGGUGCCGGCACCAGCUAUUACACAUUUGCUUCGAAUUUACAGCUUUCGGGACCCGGCACAGAUUAUUCGCAACAUUUCGUUGGAGACAAUAGUGUUCCUCUCUCUUCACACAACACAUUGGACUAUGCAAUGAGCGGGAAUCAAACUCCGGACCUCCUGUAUGCCAAAUGCCAAGAUCUCUUUGAUAACCACUCCAUGUAAACUUGGCACACUGCUACUCCAUCUGCAGCCCAGUGGGAGGUCCAAAACGACCUUAGAAGGCCUCUGGUGCGAGGUUGGUCCGUGGGAAGCCAGGAGAGAUGAAGAUAUGUUUUGUGUUUUUUGCAGCUCUGCUGUUCCCCACCAUCCAAGCAUUGUGUCCUGACAAAGAGCCAGGGCUGAAGCCAUGGAUGCCGGGACAUAGUAAACAUCAUCGUGUUGUCAUCAGUUAUGGCAGGAAGGUCCUCCUCACAACCUCUGCUACUGUGCACUCUAUUGAGAUUCUAAAUGGAGGCAAACUGGUGAUUGCUGACACCAAGCGGCCCAUUCUUCUUCGGACAAAACACAUUCUUAUUGGCGACAAAGGGGAACUACACAUUGGAAGUCCAGAAUGUCCUUACAAGGGCAAUCUUACCAUUUCUCUGUUUGGAAGGUCAGAUGACACUGAUCAGGAGCACAGCUACUUUGGCCGCAAAUACAUUGGUGUCGGGACAGGGGGUACUUUGGAGAUCCAUGGAGCAAAGAAGCUGUCAUGGACUUUCCUGAAUAAAACCCUACACCCUGGAGAAAGCAGCCAAAAUCACUAUCUGUUGGAGAGAAGCUGGGGGAACCGAGGCAUUAUUGUACAUGUAAUUGACCCCAAGACUGGAGAGGUACUGAGUGAUGACAGGUUUGACACAUACCGCAGCAAGGAUGAGAGUAACCGCCUUGUAAAGUAUUUGGAUGGUGUGGAGGCGGGACUCAUUGUAGCCAUGGUUGUCAAUGAUGAGGGCUCCAACAACUUGGAGGACUCUGCCAAAAAGAGAAUCUUCAGGCUUGGCAGUCAGCACAUCAGCAGUUUGGGAUUCAGACAUCCGUGGUCUUUUAUAGUUGUGAAAGGAGAGCCGUCUUCUGCUGUAGAAGAUCAUGCGCUUUAUCAAGGGACCAAAGCCUCCUCAGAAGCCCGAAGCGCUUGUGUUUUUCAGUUGAACUAUGCAGAGCAUUUCACCAUAACAGCCAGCAGCCAGUGGGUGCAAGAGGCUGAGUGGACAGAAUGGUUUGACAGGGAUGAUGAGAGGGGAUCUGGUGACUGGGAGAAGUUGACAGAUCUGCAUCAGGCCUAUCCGGACCGUCUGUGUAACACACCACUGGACAUUCAGGCUGAAACCCAUGAUGGGAUACCUUCUAAUCAAACAGGGGAUGUGAUCCACAAAAAUGACAAAGAUUAUGGCUUUGUCUGCCGCAACAAAGACCAAGCUCAUGGCCUCUGUCGCAACUACAGAGUUCGCUUCCUGUGUGGAAAACUGGUCCGACCUCACGCUUCAAUUUCCAUCAACAUGCUGUCCAACAGCACAAUUCUGGAGCUUGCAGACCAGCCAGUGGGUUGGCAACCUGGGGACCAAGUGGUUGUGGCCAGCACUGACUACUCCAUGCAUCAGACUGAAGUGUUUGACCUAAUUGCUUGCCCUACUUGCACACCAAACCAAGUCAAAGUUAAAGGUAAAGCUGAGUUCAUUCACAUGGGUGAAGAGGUGGAUGGGGUGGAUAUGAGAGCUGAGGUUGGCCUGCUGAGUCGUAACAUCCUAGUCCGUGGUGAGAUGGAGACCAGCUGUUAUGGCAAUGAAGCCUGCAAAUUCUUUGACUUUGACACCUUUGGAGGGCAUUUGAAGGUAGAGCGAGGUUUCAAGGCCACGCAUAUAUCUGGUGUGGAACUGCAGCACAUGGGCCAGCAAAAGAUGGGACACUACCCGGUCCACUUCCAUAUAAAUGGUGAAGUGGAUGAGAGGGGAGGCUAUAACCCCUCCACCUAUGUCAGUGAUCUGUCAAUCCACCACUCAUUCUCUCGCUGCGUCACUAUCCACAGCUCCAAUGGACUUCUGGUAAAAGACGUGGUGGGCUAUGACACGCUGGGCCAUUGUUUUUUCACAGAGGAUGGCCCAGAGGAGAGAAACACAUUUGAUCACUGUCUGGGCCUCAUGGUCCGAGCAGGCACUCUACUGCCUUCAGACAGAGACAGCCAAAUGUGUCGUGACAUCACUGACGGAGCAUACCCAGGCUAUGUAGCCAACCCACGGCAAGACUGCAGUGCAACUUCAACUUUCUGGAUUGCCAACCCAAAUAACAACCUUAUCAACUGUGCCGCUGCAGGCUCAGAGGAAACAGGAUUCUGGUUUAUCUUCCACCAUGUACCCACUGGACCAUCUGAGGGGCUGUACUCGCCUGGAAAAACAGAACACACACCUAUGGGCCUGUUCACCAACAACAGAGCUCAUUCCAACUACAGGGCUGGAUUCAUCCUAGAUAAUGGUGUCAAGACCACUCUGGCAAAUGACAAGGACAAGAGACCUUUCCUCUCACUCGUUGGAGCCAGGUAUGGGCCUCAUCAAGAUGCUGACCCUUUCAAACCCAGAGUCCCAGCUCACAUUCACCAUUUUGUAGCCUAUAAGAACCAGGACCACGGAGCAUGGCUGAGAGGAGGGGAUGUCUGGUUGGAUGACUGCCAAUUUGCAGAUAACGGCAUUGGUCUCACACUGGCAAGUGGAGGAACAUUUCCAGAUGAUGAUGGUUCUCGUCAGCAGGUGAAGAAUUCUCUGUUUGUGGGGGAAAGUGACAAUCAUGGGAUGCCACUCCCUGAUAACAGUAUCUGGGGCCCAGGAGGCACUGACCUCACUGGCAGGACCCUCCCACGAGGCAUUGAUUUCCCUAUCCGGGGCAUGCAGAUCUACGAUGGGCCCAUCAAUGUGCAGAACUGUACGUUUCGUAAAUACACAGCUCUGGAGGGACGCCACAGCAGUGCUUUUGGUUUUAGGCUCAACAACUCAUGGCAGAGCUGCCCUAACAAUAAUGUGACAGACAUCACCUUCGACCACGUACCUAUCACAUCACGGGUGUUCUUUGGGGAGCCUGGUCCAUGGUUUAAUAAAAUGCAGAUGGAUGGGGACAAGACCACUAUUUUCCAUGACAUUGACGGCUCAGUCAGUGAGUAUCCUGGAGCUUACCUGGUUAAGGAAGACAACUGGCUGCUCCGUCACCCUGAAUGCAUUGAUGUGCCCGAUUGGAGGGCUGCCAUCUGCAGUGGGUAUUAUGCACAGAUCUAUGUCCAGACACGUAAUCCUGCCAACCUGAACAUGCAUAUCGUGAGAGAUGAGUACCCUGACCGACCCCUGACAUUAGAGGGUGCGUUGGGAAAGAGAAAGCACUACCAGCAGUUCCAACCAGUCAUCACAUUGGCAAAGGGGUACACCAUCCACUGGGACCAGCCUGCACCUGUUGAGGUCACCAUCUGGCUUAUUAACUUCAACAAAAAAGACUGGAUCGAUGUGGGCAUAUGCUACCCACAAGGCACCACGUUUGUUGUCAUCUCAGACAUCCACAAUCGCCUGACCAAACAGACCCGCAAGACAGGAGUCUUCAUGAGAACCAUGCAGAGGGAGAAGAUCGACCACUCACACCUGACCAGAAGCUAUUACUACUGGGAGGAAGACACAGGGCUGCUCUUCUUGAAGGUUCAGGCUCAUAACGACAGGGAGCAAUUUGCCUUCUGCUCCCUCAAAGGAUGUGAGAGGGUAAAGAUAACAGCUGUCAUCCCGAAACGCAGUCCACCCAGCAAUUGCAUGGCUCGGGCCUACCCAAGACACGCUGAGCUGCCAGUCGUAGAUGUGCCAAUGCCCAAAAAGAUCCCGAAUGACAAACUGCACUCACCAGAGCACUUACUGGAAGUCAAACUAGAGUCCUAUAAUACUCGGUUCUUCCACAUCAAGGAGGACUUUGCCUUUACUGAGGUGAAUGGUAAAAAAUUGUACCAAUCAGAGGAUGGCGUGCAGCUGACCAUAAUCGAUGGACAUGAUGGGAAGGUGGUGGAUAGCAAAGGCUUCAGGAACUCAAUCCUUCAGGGUGUCCCUGCGCAGAUAAACAACUAUAUCAGUGGGCUGAAAGAUGGUUCAGUUGUUCUCUUGACAUCGAAAGGCCGUCUGGUGACGAGAGGACCAUGGACCAAAGCACUGGAGCGACUUGGAGCAGACGCAGGCAAGCAACUGAAAGACAAGUUGGCGUUUGUCGGCUUCAAGGGCUCGUUCCACCCUGACUGGAUUCGACUGGAGGUGGACCCGGACAGAGCCAAGAUCCACCAGGUCCUGCCAAUCCCUGUGGUCCACAAGAUGAAGCUAUGAGUGACAGGUGGAGCGGGAAGGCACAACAAAGAAACUAUGUGGCUGCAAUAUAAUGACACGCAUACAUCCAACAAAAAUACACACACGUACUCAUAUAAUACAAUAUACAUCAUACUGCUCCAAUCAGCUGCUCCAUGACCAAGUGGUGUGUUUUUGAAGAAGAAUUGUGUGUGUGUGUGUGUGUGUGUAUCAUUUUGAGAAUGAGUAUAAUUGUCCAAAAUGAAUCUAAGACCACCUCAUUAGUAGAUGGCAUAAAGUCAACAUAGUCCCUCCUUACUACUGCUCCUGCAGAAAUAUGGCUGACUCCCCAUACUGUACAGUAACGGGCCGGUUUGUGACUCUGCACUUACGUGUUUUAUCAUGAGCACAAUAGUCAUUGUAUCGUUAGCCUUGUAUUGAGUCAUGCUGUUCAAACGUGUGAGCUGUAACAUAAGGGAGUUUUAUGACAAUCCACAGAAGAUGUCAUUGUUGUCCAAGACGCACGCAGGUGUGAGGUGACUGGCCAUUUAGCUGUGGCAAAAGUACAUUGAGAAAGUUUAAGAAGAUGGUCAGAUGACAGGCUAAUUGGUAGUAAAGUGGCCACGCUUGUCAGAUAUUUUGUGUUCAACUGAAAGCUACUCCAGUCUAGCUAAACCAGGGGUGUCAAAACUCAUUUUGGUCUCUUGCCGCAUUGUAGUUAUGAUUUCCCUCAGAGGGCCGUUAAAACAGUGAAAUGUUUAAUCACCAAAUCAUAUUAUUACCAUUACGCGACAAAUUGAGGGAUAGCUAGUUUUGAAAUCAGAAGACAAGGUAAUAGUUUGUUCAAGUAUUGUUUAAGUUACUGUAGAAGAAGGGUUUGGUAACAGAAAAAUGCAAUAUCUCAACAUUAUUGUUUAUUAUUAUGGCAAUUUUGAAUUUGGGUACAGAUUUGAGCAAAAAUCACGGAAGUCGACGAGCACGAUUUGCUUUCGCCGGCCACAUAAAAUGAGGUGGCGGGCCGCAUCUGGCCCCCGGGCCUUGAGUUUGACACCUAUGAGCGAAACCAUCAAAGUUAAUUUUUGUCAAGCUAAAUAUUACCUAAGGGACGAAGACAAAACAUAACUAUAAUAUUAGAUUAUGCACAUGUACUUUGCGUUUAUCUGCUGGGUUUGCUUCUUGGUCGCUGGCAUUUCUUGUUCGCAACUCGUCAGUGGAUUUCUAUGAUGUCAGCAAGACCCCCCUUCUCUUAAACUGGUAACAUUCGUUAAUAUUGGAGCACUAUGACUUUGUCAUUGCUGCACAAAACAAACGUGCAUUUUCCAACUUCUGAAAGUAAGAACAGACCGGUAAGUAAAUAUCACAAGCACAAGAAGUAUUUUACAUCAGGGUUGAUUAAUGAAAUACCGAUUUGUAAGAAUGUCUGUAUCGGCGGAGAUUUAGGAUAUUGCAACACACAACCACUUACAUAAUACAAUAAUAUAAUCAGGGGCGUGUAAGUCGAACGUGCAUCAUCUGCAUCUUCCCAUGAAUGUGAUGUUAUAGAUGCAGUAUUCUGUGGAACUAGCAUGCUAUGUCCAUGUUAAACUAAAUUAAGUAAAGAAAAAUAUAUUGCUUCCUUGUUAGCAUUCAACACAAGGUUGACUACUUGUUCUUGUAAUUUGUGUUUGUGAUGCAUUGCCCUCUACUUUUAGUGUUGAGCCAGCAAGAGGCCCAAAACAAAAUGAUCCACUAAAUUUUUAUAGGUGUCAUUUUCUUAUUUAAGUCCUACAGAAACAUUUGUUCCAAUCUGGACCCCUCCCUUUGCCGAAAUAGCAGGUCUUUUUUCGGAGGUUGUAGGAGUAAUUUAGUGUUUUGUAUGUUUGUGUUUUUCAAACGAUAUGACAUAUAUUUUAUACUUAUUUAUUGUACAGAUUCCACCAAUCCAAAUCUGCAAGGGACAUCAUCUGAGUUGUAUGGUUGUUACUGUCCUGUGUGUAUACCACAAGUCGAGAUAAUAGAUUCAUCUUUAAACCUCCUGCAAACAUGCAUUUGAAUUUUCCACUGUAAACAAAAUGGAUGUGUUGUAAAAGUGAUUUGAGCUUGUAAAAAAAGAAAAAGACGUAAAUGUUUUUUUUGUACAGAAAUAAAUAAUGCUAAAGAAAGA